UCCCCCCCCCCCCUCUCUCUCUCUCUACAGAGCCUUCUAGAAAUCUUCUCCGACGAGGAAAAAGGUGAACGAGAUAUGGCGGCACACAUAGGAAUGAUGGAUGGGGCAUACUUCGUCGGCAGAUCGGAAAUCCUGGCUUGGAUCAAUUCCACACUUCAUCUUAAUCUUUCCAAAGUCGAAGAGGCGUGUACAGGUGCGGUUCAUUGCCAGCUAAUGGAUGCCGCUCACCCAGGGCUUGUCCCUAUGCACAAGGUCAAUUUUGAUGCGAAGAAUGAAUAUGAGAUGAUCCAGAACUAUAAGGUUCUUCAGGAUGUCUUCAGCAAACUCAAGAUCACCAAGCACAUUGAGGUUAGCAAACUAGUGAAAGGACGACCUCUUGACAACCUGGAGUUCAUGCAAUGGAUGAAAAGAUACUGUGAUUCUGUUAAUGGAGGCAAUAUUCACAGUUACAAUCCUCUUGAAAGAAGGGAAGGCUGCAAGGGUGCCAAAGAAGUGAACAAAAGAUCUGCUCCUUCACAUAAUGCUACCAAAAAUGCCUCAACUGCUUCAAAGCAUGUCCCCCAUAACACUAGAAGAAAUGAUGUAUCUCAUGUAAGCAGCACAAGUCAAUCUGGUAAGAUCUCCUCCAGGCCUUCUUCGAGUGGAGGAUCGUCAACCUAUUCUGAAACAGAGCGUACUGCACAUGAACAACAGAUUACGGAGUUGAAGUUAUCAGUGGAUAGUCUUGAAAAGGAAAGGGACUUCUACUUUUCAAAGUUGAGGGACAUUGAAAUCCUAUGCCAAUGUCCAGAGAUUGAAAACCUACCUGUGGUUGAAGCAGUGAAGAGGAUUCUGUAUGCUAUGGAUGAUGAUGCAUCACUUGUAGAUACUGAAGCCAUGAUAUCUGAGCAACACCAGCAAGUAGAGACAUUGAGUUGCAUUUCUGAAGAGGCAGAAGAAAGGUUGAGGGUAGACACUCAAAAGAGAAAAAACAUUGUCAAUGUUGACGUUGACCUUGCUGCCAGCAACACAUUGUCUCCAAGGCAAAGGAUUUCUGAUGCUUCUGAUGUCCAUUGCAGUGGAUCACUUGUGACAUAUUGACCCAACCUUGUCUCCUGGAUAAAUAGCUUGUUCUAUCAGGGUUGGGCAAUUAUUCCUGAUACUGUCUUUUUUACUCUAGUUAUAUGUUGUCAGAGUAUACUUUAUUUCUAAGCAAUACCGUUUGAGGAAUUCCAUCAGUAUAGAAGUAGUGAAUAUAAGAGCCUAUCUGGUUUGUCUGAUUGUCUUUGUGUACAACAUUGCCUCAUGUUAUCGCUGUUCUAUAGCAAGUAUUGGCAACUGUACUGGUUGCUUUGUAGUCACUGCAUUGUAGUGCAAGUCGUGGAUCAUUUUGCUUAUGAUGAUUACUAUGGUUUAAUAGAUACUAAAGUUUUUUAUUUUGGAAUU